AAGACAAAAUGGCAUAUAGACAUAGCACAUAAGCAAAAAUGAAAGACAAGAAUACAAAAAAUGACUACAGCACAACAACACAUUGGCCGGAUGCAUAAGUACCGAGUCAUGCCAAAAGGACAUUACCAAAAAUGGACCAAUGUUUUUACAGCAAAGGCCAAUAAUUCACAAAGACAAAUAAAAGGAAACUUUAACACGUAAUUAAGAUGAUAAACAACGUCAGUACUUAGAUUUGUGAAGCUGAUACGGAAUAUUUAUCACCAAGAUCUUGGUAUCAUCCGACGAACUUUUUUAGAAAAAGGACGUCUCGUUCUUUGACAUAAUCCUGGUUCAUCAACUUUCUGCUCAGACACUGGUGACGUUUUAUAAAGUCUGGGUAGCAGCUGCAAACUCUUGAAUACCGAAUGAGUUGGGAAAUGUAUAUCCUAUAUGCAGUGGGACUGAAAAAUGCAUAAACCUCAACAUGCAGUAUCUUUUGCAGUUAGGCUUCAACAAACUGAAAAUAAAACCACAAGUCAAGCCAAUAAUACUACCGAUAAUACCAGUCAAUCUAUCUCAGCAUCCAAUAUUGUAAGUGAAACUAAAAGACCAACCAAUCCUACAAAACAUGUAAUUAAUGUGCGAUUACAUUUAUGGAAGAAAUUCAAAUCUGCGAAUGAAGAGGUGUUAAACAGUGGGCGUUCUCACCAUCAUGACAUUCUUAUGAAAAAAUGUUUGGUCUUGCCAAACGGAUGGAUGAUUUUUACAGAACCCAAUCUAAAAUUACUUCUUAUCCAUGAUGAUGAAGGACAUUUUCAAAGUAAGAUUUACCUUUCCGGCCGCCCAUUUGAUUUAGCCAUAAUUUCAAGUAAACUUUUAGCAGUCAGCUAUGGCGAAAAUCGAUAUGUUGAAAUAAUAGAUUUGAAAACGAAAGAUGCUGUGAAAUCAUUUAACUGGGAAACCAACUGUUUUGGAAUUGCAAUUGUUUCCAAUCACUUAUAUAUUGUGAUAGAAGGGCGUGGAAUUGUCGUUCUAGAGCACACAACUGGGCAAAUGAUUAAGACAAUUCCAAUCAAAAUAAAUCAGAAAACUUUUCUAGUUGUUACGCAUGAUAGCAUUAUUUACACUAACUGGAUUUUCAAUACUGUUUAUUGCUUUGAUUUAGAAGGGAAUGAAAAGUGGCAGUUCAAAAAGAACAAGCUGCAUCGCCCAAUAGGGCUAACGGUCAACAAAAGUGGGGAUGUUUUCGUUGCUGGUAAUGUUUCAGGAAACAUUUUUUAUAUUUCCUCGGACGGGAAGCGAAGUAAAGAAUUAGUUCGAGACACAGAUAUUAUUGAUCUUUAUCUUGACAAUCAGACUUACCGUCUUCUAACGUACAAAUCUGACGGAUCAGCUUUCAAAUAUUUCGUAGAAUCAUAGAAUGAACUUAAUUGAAAAAAAAAUUGUUGAAAAUAUAUAUUUCUUACAUUUA